GGGCAGUCCUGCUCUCCAGCCUGAGUUCUGAGACAAGGUCCAGGUGCCGACUGAGAGGAGCCCGUGGGGACGCCCGUGAGUAGGUGGCCGCACAGUCAUGGUGUGGAACGUGGACGACCUGGACUUCCACCUGCCCUCGCAUGCCCAGGACAUGCUGGACGGCCUCCGGCGGCUGCGCUCCCAGCCCAAGCUGGCAGACGUCACGCUGCUGGUGGGUGGCCGGGAGCUGCCCUGCCACCGGGGGCUCCUGGCACUGAGCAGCCCCUACUUCCACGCCAUGUUCGCGGGCGACUUCGCCGAGAGCUUCUCGGCGCGUGUGGAGCUGAGGGACAUGGAGCCUGCUGUCGUGGCGCAGCUGGUGGACUUCGUGUACACGGGCCGGCUGACCAUCACCCAGGGCAACGUGGAGGAGCUGACCCGCACGGCCGCGCGCCUCCACUUCCCCGCCGUGCAGAAGGUCUGCGGCCGCUACCUGCAGCAGCAGCUCGAUGCCACCAACUGCCUCGGCAUCUGUGAGUUUGGGGAGCAGCAGGGGUUGCUGGGUGUGGCUGCCAAGGCCUGGGCCUUCCUGCGGGAGAACUUUGAGGCUGUGGUGCAGGAGGAUGAGUUUCUGCAGCUGUCCCAAGAGCGGCUGGCCACUUGUCUGGCCGGCGACCUGCUGCAGGUGCAGCCGGAGCAGAGCCGGCUGGAGGCCCUGCUGCGCUGGGUCCGCCACGACCCCCAGGCCCGGGCCCCCCACCUGCCCGAGCUGCUCGGCCUGGUGCACCUGGACGCCGUGCCCCGGCCCCGCGUGCAGCAGCUGCUGGCCACGGAGCCGCUGAUCCGGGAGUCGGAGGCCUGUCGGGAGGCCCUGUCCCAGGGCCAUGAGGGGGCGCUGCUGGACCUCCCGCAGGGACUGGAAGAGGUUCUGGUGGUGGUUGGCGGGCGGUCGCUGGAGGAAGAGGAGGAGGAGGGCGCCGAGCAGCUGGCUCCCCGCCCCGGGAACUUCGCCUUCUACGACCCCAAGGCCAAGAGGUGGAUGGCGCUCCCAGACUUCCCUGACUACCACAAGUGGGGCUUCUCUCUGGCGGCGCUGAACAACGAUGUCUACGUGACAGGGGGCUCUCGGGGCACCAAGACGGACGCCUGGUCCACGACGCAGGCCUGGUGCUUCCCGCUGAGGGAGGCAGCCUGGAGGCCUGUGGCGCCCAUGCUGAAGGCCCGCACGAACCACGCCAGCGCGGCGCUCCACGGGGAGAUCUACGCCAUUGGCGGCACCACUCUGGGUGUUGUAGAGGUGGAGAGCUAUGACCCCUACACAGACACCUGGACGCCCAUCAGCCCAGCCCUCAAGUACGUCAGCAACUUCUCUGCGGCCGGCUGCCAGGGAAGGCUCUACCUGGUGGGCUCCAGCGCCUGCAAGUACAACGCCCUGGCUCUGCAGUGCUACAAUCCGGUCACAGACGCGUGGAGCGUGAUUGCCUCGCCUUUCCUCCCCAAGUACUUGUCCUCGCCACGCUGCACCGCGCUGCACGGGGCGCUCUACCUGGUGGGGGACAAUACCAAGAAGGUCUACGUGUACGACCCCGGGGCCAACCUGUGGCAGAAGGUGCAGUCCCUGCACAGCCUGCACGAGAACGGGGCGCUGGUGCCGCUGGGGGAUGAGCUGUACAUGACGGGCGGCCGCUGGCAGGGCAUGGACGGCGACUACCACGUGGAGAUGGAGGCCUACGACCCCCGGCGCGACGCCUGGACCCGCCACGGCGCCCUGCCCCGCCUCUGGCUCUACCACGGGGCCUCCGCCGUCUUCCUGGACGUCUCCAAGUGGACCCAGCCCUUCGGGCCCACCCAGGAGCCCUAAGCCGCCCCUCGGCGCACCUGGAGCAGGCCCGGCUGAGCCCCCGCCCCGGGGGACGGCCCCCUUUCACUGUGGUUUGUGAACCAAAGUGUCGCCGUCCCCUCCAGGGCUUGGGCUGGGUUCGGGCCACCAGGGGACGUCAGAGACACAGCCUUGGUCUCCGCAGCCACCACGCCAAACUCUGAGCUGACCCGCGGGAAGGGCUGGGCCUCUGGAAGCCUGCAUGGAUGGGAGAAGCAGCUCUCCUGCCCGUGGGGUGUCUGGGACCUCAGAGGAAGGAGCUCAGGGCCGGGGGAGCCUUGAGAGAACUCCGGUGCUCUCUGAAUACUGGCCGCUCCUGGCUGUGUGUCCCACUGGUGGCUUUUGGAGGACCUGCACAGGUGAGGGUGACAUGGAGGCCCAGGAAGCUGAGGCUGUUGCAGAGGGUGGGCAGCACAGAGCAAAGGGCCUGAGGUGAGGUCAGCGUCCAGCCCUGGGGGGCCUGCUUCUGCCUGUCCCACAGCUGUGUGACCACAGCCGGCAGACGACCCUCUCUGGGCCUCAGGCACAUGGGGCUGCCUCGGGUGGGCUGUCUGCUCUCCCUGCCCCCAGCCUUACGUUGGCACCUUGUUUCCAGAC